GCCUCGUUAGACUUCGCACUGCAACCGCGCAUGCGUCGAGAAACCGGAAAACGCGUCACUUCCGCAUUCAGCAUCUGACGUGUCUAAAACAGUUUUGCACUGGUGGUGGAUUUUACUCGUGGAGAUUUAUUAUCUGUUUAAGUAUUAUCUGAUACGUGGUGGCAAGAUGCUAGAUUUCUUCACCAUCUUCAGCAAAGGAGGGAUAGUGUUGUGGUGUUUUCAGGGAGCCGGGGUAACUGAAUCCUUCACAGGACCUGUCAACGCUUUGAUCCGCUCCGUGAUUCUUCAGGAGCGAAGUGGAAACAAUUCGUUUACUCAUGAGUCCCUCAGUCUUAAAUACAAGCUCGACAAUGAGUUUGAGUUGAUAUUUGUGGUGGGUUUUCAAAAGAUCCUGACGCUGACGUAUGUGGACAAGUUCAUAGAUGAUGUGCAGCUUCAUUUCAGGGAUCGUUAUAAAAAUGAGCUUGACAAAAAGGGAGCUUUGAAGCUGCUGAACAACAACUUUGAAUUUGAGGAUGACUUCAAGAUACUACUUCGAGAGGCGGAGGAGAGCGGCAAAGCUCGGAGCCCUGUCACCAUGAGGUCCUUUAAAGAGUCAGAGAAAUCCCAAAAAACUGUGAAGUCAAUGAUUGAGACAAAAGGUGGCGACAAAGGCAAAGAACAGGGUGGCAAGAAGACAAAAAAUACCAAAAAGGAUGCUGAGCCUGUGAAAGGUGACCAAGGUAGGACUUCGUCAUCUGGGCAGAAGAUGGUUGAGAAUGGUAACCAGGGAUUGACUCCUGAGGAGGCCAUGCAGAAGAAGAGAGAGGAAUUUUUUCGCAGGCGCGUGGGACCUACAGAAAAAAACAGUAAGUCCCCAAAGCCAAGUCAAAAACCAAGAGGAAAACAAAUGCGGGUUUGGGACAUGGGUGGUAGCAGCACCAAGGACCUGGACUACAGUGAGAGGAAUGGUGAUGGCUCCACCAAUGGUGGUGAACAGAACCAGGAAGCACAAACUGAAGGAAUACAGUUAAGAUCAAUGGAGGGAGACCUGCUGCCUGUGGAUUACGAUUCCAGUGAGGAAGAAGACAUGGAAGAGGAAGAAGAGAAAGUGGUUGCUGGUGAAAUACCCAAACCAGGCUCCAAAAAGGGCAGCAGCUUUGGGGGGAUGUUUGGAAUGCUGAAGGGCCUGGUGGGCUCCAAGAGCCUGACCCGGGAUGACAUGGAAUCAGCCCUGGACAAGAUGAGGGAUCACCUCAUUGCUAAGAAUGUAGCAGCCGACAUUGCCUCCCAGCUCUGUGACUCUGUAGCCAAAAAACUGGAGGGCAAAGUCAUGGGCACAUUCACCACUGUGACCUCAACAGUGAAGCAGGCCCUGCAGGACUCACUGGUGCAGAUCCUGCAGCCCAAACGUAGAGUGGAUAUUCUGAGAGAUGUCAUGGAGGCUCAGAGCCAGCGAAGGCCCUUUGUCAUCACGUUUUGUGGUGUCAAUGGGGUUGGAAAGUCCACCAAUUUGGCCAAGAUCUCAUUCUGGCUGAUAGAGAACGGUUUCACAGUGCUGAUUGCAGCCUGUGACACGUUUCGUGCUGGGGCAGUGGAGCAGCUCCGCACUCAUCAGCGUCGCCUUAACUCUCUACAUCCCCCUGAGCAGCACAGAGGGCGACCGGUAGUCCAGCUCUAUGAGAAGGGCUACGGGAAGGAUGCAGCUGGAAUCGCUAUGGAGGCCAUUGCUUAUGCCCGUAACCAAGGCUUUGAUGUGGUGCUGGUGGACACUGCUGGGCGUAUGCAGGACAACGCCCCCCUAAUGACAGCCCUGGCCAAACUUAUUGCAGUCAACAUGCCGGAUUUAGUGCUGUUUGUUGGAGAGGCUUUGGUGGGCAAUGAAGCUGUUGACCAGCUGGUGAAGUUCAAUCAGGCCUUGGCGGAUCACUCCAUGUCUGAUAAACCUCGCCUCAUUGAUGGAAUUGUUCUUACAAAGUUUGACACUAUUGAUGACAAGGUUGGUGCUGCCAUCUCCAUGACGUACAUCACGGGUCAGCCUAUUGUGUUUGUGGGCACAGGGCAGACCUACAACGACCUGCGCAGCCUCAAUGCCCGUGCUGUGGUCAGCGCCUUGAUGAAGGCUUAAGUGGCUGCAUGUUCUGCUGUUUAUUCAUCGUUGCAAACCCAGCCAACAGUAGUUUUCGCCAUGCUGCCGUGAGAUGUUCCAGCCCCGCUAGCCUGCGUUCCUUGUCCUCCUGACCUGCCCUCUACUUUUUUUUCUUUCUUUUACCAAAUGAAGAACUCAAGUCUUGCACAGGAUUUUCUUCUUCCUGUAUAGGAUGCGUGUGCAGUUUGACAGACAGAACGCCGUCUGCUGAAGCCAGAGGAGCCUGUCUUUCAUUUAGAAGCUUCUGGGCCAAGAAGAGUACCUCAAAUCAGCCUUAGUUUUGAAACAGUGGAGUCUCACCCAAAGGACAUUUUAGCUGACUAAAUGGACCUUGGCUGUAAAGGUCAUCCCUUUACGGAUUUAUACAGAUAAGACUUACAAAAAACUUCCCAUCUGGCAUGCUGUCAGUCAGUUUUCCCCUUUAUGUGUUAAUGAAAUCAGGUUGUGAGAGGAAAGCUUAGUGACCACAGUGCCUGUCUGUCUCCUGUCUUUUGGCUUCGCCCUUUCCCUGUGGAUAUCCAUGUCCCAUGGCAGUUCAAACCACUCCUCUGAUUCAGAAGGAGUUUCAGUCAGUUUACAGUCAAUCGUAGAUCGUGAUUCUCAGCACUUGUCAGAUUAGCUGUUGUUCUUCUGUCGGAUAUUGAUAAAUAAAUGACAAAUAAAGACGAGGCUCAGUCGCAGCAAAUCCUCUGUUAAACAGGGCAAUAAAUUAACAGAACAGUUUUAUAUACGUGAUUGCCCAGAGGUUCCUAGUGACCUGCUUAAUGCUAAUCUAACAUUAAACUCUCCCUGUUUAACUACAUAAUUCUCAAACUUUAAUCCCUUAGUUGUAAACUAUGAAAAGUGGAAGGGAGAUUUCAUCAGGUCCAUUUAAAUGCAGAUUCCAGGCCACACAUUGUCAGUCACAGGUCUGUGGACCUUUAUUUGCGCUUUCCACUUUGAUUAACCCAUCCCUUAUAAAUGGAAAUAAGUGUUGAACAUCUCAGUUGCUUUUAAUAUGUCAGUGCAAUAUGGGAGGAAUUAAAGUACUACAGAAGAUUUAACCUAAUUUAUGAGAAUGUAAACAUUUUUAAAUAAAGCUACUAUAUGCUAUGA